CGUGCUUGGGCAUGCCAGGGGGAAGUCUGAAACAAUAUUCCACAGCCACAACACAGUAUCAAUGAACAGCCAGCUCUUAAGGGCGUGUGGGUCCAAAAUAUCCUUCCAACUACGACCUACAAUAGUACUGAAUCGGAGCUUUCAGGGCACCCGUAAUCUAUCGGGUUCACCUGCCAACUACUCUUCUGCAUCUUCAUCAUCGACCUCAUCAUCCAACUCGUCGUCAUCAUCUGAUGCUUUCAACGAGGCACUUGCGAGUGCGAGCGCCAACUCCUCAAUACUGUUCUCGUCGUCGAAGGUGUUGAAGCCCAUAUCGCCAGAUGUUUCCACCAUCUCGUGUACUAUCAUCGACGGGUCCGGAACGGUAAGGGCCGUCUCUAAAAGAUUCCCAAGGUCCACGUUUCUACAGCAGAAUAAGUUGUUUCCAAGAGAUCUGCGAAAGAUCGACUCAUCCAACGUCGACGUGGCGCCGAGCAUUGCAGUGCGGAGCAACGGGAUCUUGGUGAACUUGUUACACAUCAAGGCAUUGAUUAAGAGAAACGAGGUGCUGGUGUUUGACACAUCAUCCCCGGAAUCUGCUGGUAAGUUGAGUCUUUUCAUGUACGAUUUGGAGAGCAAGUUGCAGACCCGCGUGGUGCAUGGCGGAAUGUUAGGGCUGCACGGACACAACCACGGAAUCGUGAACCAGACGUACGAGUUCAAGACACUCGAGUGCAUCUUGGUGAACGUGAUGGCAGUCUUAGAGACCGAGUUGAGCAAUCACUUGGGCAAAAUCGACCGGAUCUUGAACGAGUUGGAUUCGCAGAUUGACAGGGCGAACUUGAAGGAUUUGCUUGUGAACUCGAAGGGAUUGACCAUGUUCUACCAGAAGAGUCUAUUGAUCAAGAACACGUUAGACGAGUUGCUUGACAACGACGAGGACUUGGAGAACAUGUAUCUUACAGAAAAUUACGAGAUCAAAAAACUCAUCUGCGACAACGAGGCCGCAGAAGCUUCCUCGUCGACUUCUUCAUCUCCAACUUCUUCGCCUUCCUCUUCUUCACAUUCACAAGGGCAAUCUUCACAGUCUGAAAACUCCAACACAACCCAGCGAGACCAUGCCCAGCGACAGGCGAACCCGAUGCACGACUCCCAGCUCGCCGACAUGGACACCCGCGGGGGUGAAGGGAACCCAAAGCUCAUCCAGCAGGGCAGUGAAAGCCGGGACACGGGCGAGGUGGAGAUGCUUCUCGAGGCGUACUACAAACAGUGCGACGAGAUUGUCCAGCAGGCAGAGACGAUGAUCAACAACAUCAAGUCGACGGAGGACAUCGUGAACAUCAUCUUGGACGCAAACCGGAACUCUUUGAUGGUGUUUGAGUUGCGCGUGGCCAUUUUCACGCUAGGCUUUACGAUAGCCACCCUCCUCCCAGCCUUCUACGGCAUGAACCUCAAGAACUACCUCGAGAACUCGGGUGUGGCGUUUGUCUCCGUCGUCGGCGUCAGCCUGCUCUUGGGCGGCGUCAUGAGCAUCGUCUACCUGCGCCGGUUACGGGACGUCCGCCGGAUGACAAUGGUCAGUUCAAAGCAGUUAAAUAAGUUCGACGAACAGACCAAGAAGAACUUCAUGGAGAAGAUCCGGCUGCGCCAGAGCCUCAAGUCCUCCGACAAGCAGCGCAAACACGACAAGGACAUUGUCUGGAAGUGGCUCAUCGACGAGCACAAGUGACUCGAACCAAGAGCCAUCUCGUGUCCCCUCUGUAGAUACUAGCUAACCUGUAUAGAGCCCCACUUAGCCGCAAAAGCACCGGCAGAAGAACGAACAUUCAGGGAAGAAGACGGAAACAUCAACAACAUCCCACCUGGCGAAAAGCCGUAUUGUUUGUUGUUUCCUUCUCCUCCCCCACAAC